AUGAACCACACUUGGGGUCUCGUGUCCACGGCGCAGGCCCUGCGCCAAACCUUCAUCACGCCCCUCCGCACGCCGAAAGCCUCAUCAUUACGGCUAUUUGCGCUGGCGAAUGGAAGCCAAGCUCGAUUCAUCCAGCAAACCCGUCGCCUCGCCUUCCCGGACAAACGAACACCUCCCAACACCCAGAUCAAAGAUGAAGCUAUUGGCACACGACUGGUGCAGAUCGUCGACGAGGAGCAGGGCCUCCGACCGCCCCAGAGACUAGCCGAGGUAUUGGCCUCCUUUGACCGGAGCAAAUUCUUUCUUUUGCAGGUCUCUGGUGCAACUGCGGACCGGCCCCCGGUCUGCAAAAUAUUGAACAAGAUGGAAGCCAGGCAACAUGAAAAGGCAAAGGCUAAAUCAGCCAAAGCGGGCAAGACCCAACUUAAGCAAAUUGAGCUGAAUUGGGCAAUUGACGCCCACGACUUAUCGCACCGCUUGAAGCAGUUGACCAACUUUCUGGAAAAGGGACGAAAGGUGGAAGUCGUCAUGAAACGGAAGCGAUCAAAGCGUCCGCCAACCGUCGACGAAAUCAAGCAGGUUAUUCAAAGCGUGUUGGAUACUACAAGAGAGGCUGGUGGUACACAGGUCAAGACGAUGGAAGGAGAGCCGGGGAAGCAGGUGAUCAUCACUGUGAAGAAGGAAACCUAA